AUGUCCAGCGCGCAUUAUUUGAGGCGGCGAGCGGCGCUGCCUGUCGCCCGGCCGAAUUAUCGGUUCCUAGCACCUUCUCGCAAUCGCGAUCACCACGCAAACGGCGACGCUUCGCAGACCACCUGGUUCGACGAGGACACGCACGGCGGGGCGAUCCAGACGCACCUGCGACGCGAGAUGCAGGUCAACAUUCAGACCUACCUCCAGGACGCCGGGGUUGCGCCAACAACGGCAGCUAUCAUGUCGACCGACAUCGUCCGGGACGUCUAG